AUGUUCUCACUUUCCUCACUUCAAUCGCAACCUGAAAAGCUAAGAAAUGUCUUCUAUGCACUCAUCACUAAUACUUCUUCUAAUGGUUGGAGUGGUGGCUCUAACCACCACCACUCCAACACUUGUGUUGGGUAAUUACUACGAGCCACCACCAAUUGAGAACCCACCCACCUAUGAACCACCACCAAUCUAUAAGCCUCCAAUCUGGCCUCCACCGUUCCACAAUAAGCCUCCCUUUUAUCCACCUCCUCAUCAUGAGAAGCCACCACCAGAACACGAGCCACCUCCUUAUGAGAAACCACCACCAGAACACGAGCCACCACCUUAUGAGGAACCACCUCACGAGAAGCCACCACCGGAACACGAGCCACCUUAUGAGAAGCCACCACCGGAACACAAGCCACCUUAUGAGAAGCCACCACCGGAACACGAGCCACCUUAUGAGAAGCCACCACCAGAACACGAGCCGCCUUAUGAGAAGCCACCACCAGAACACGAGCCACCUUAUUAUGAGCCACCUUAUGAAAAACCACCGCAUGAGAAGCCACCACAUCAUGAGAAGCCACCACAUCAUGAAAAACCACCUCACCAUGAGAAGCCACCCCACCAUGAGAAACCACCAUACGAGAAGCCACCCCACGAAAAGCCUCCACCGGAAUACCAGCCAUCACCACCUUAUGUGAAACCACCACCAGCACCGCCGGUGUAUGAACCACCCUACGUGAAGCCACCACCAUGGUACAAACCUCCGUUUGAGAAGCCACCGCCAUUAUACAAACCUCCGUUUGAGAAGCCUCCACCAUUGUACAAACCCCCGUUUGAGAAGCCACCAUCAUGGGAGAAGCCACCCAGCUACAACAGUCCCCCAUCUCCACCACCUUAUGGCCACUAUCCAACAUCCAAAAAUUGAUGGCUUAGCCUAUCAUUUUUGGUCCAGUGAAUGUAUGGGAGCAAUCCUUUCUUCGAGUUUCGUGAUUACCAAGCUGCUCCUUUUGAAUGAAGAUCGAUGUGAAGUACAAAGUGGAAUGUUAGUUGUUGUUGACAAAUAAAGAAAUAAUCUAUCUUGUAUGCCAUCUUUGUAUUGAUUACAUUACGUACUUAGCUUGCUUUAAUUUCAUGCAUUUUCCACUUCAGCAAAUGUUGUAACUUGUAAACUUGUCCGCUUCCAAUAAACAUGUCUUAGUGCUUAUUAUAUUA